AGCGGCGGACAGGGCUCCGCGCUGCCCCGCGGCGAAGGCGGAGGGCAGGGGGAGGUGUCGGGGGGCUCUCGGGCGAUCCGAGACCGAUGAGCCAAACGGGAGGCGACGCAGCUUGCCGAGGAGACCGGGCAGAGCGCCGGCCACAGCCCCGCAGGCACUGAAUGGCUUUGUUUCCACCAGUGGAUUCUGUGGUGGCAGCUACUAAGCUUGUUCCCAGUUCCCAGCUGCAACACCAGAAGAGCAACUUCCAGCAUGAACUCAUAUCUGACAAAGAGGAAAGUUUAAAGGAUCUCUAUGCCCGAAAGAGCCGAAGCUAUUCCUAUUCUCUUUCUGCAGAAAGGAGUCAACACAGCUCCAGGCACGAAGGCAUCUGUUCAGCUGGACUGCAAGGCAAGUAUCUCACCAGCCAGACCAAGACUCUGCCAGCUAAAUCAGUAGCCAGACGGAAAGAAGGAGUGGACCGUGCACAUCCCCUGAAACCAAUUUUUCACCACAAGGGUGUGAGCGUUCCAGUGGUCAACAGAGAACAGGACAGAAGUUCCCCAUAUAUGGAGGAAGCUCCAAAUACUAGGCCUAGCUCGAGGAGCAAGGGGAAGCCUCCAGCAGAGAGGGCUCAGCCAGGCGCAACGCUCUCUCCUUGGACAGCAGAGCCUACACAGUCAGCCUCCCAGCUAUACAGGAGAGAGCUGGCCUACAUCCUAAAGUUGGAGGCAGAUGGACGGAACCUGGAAGAGGAAAUUCGAAAGAAAGAGGCUCUCCUCAGAGAGAAGCUGAGGAGAACAAAGGAGGAGCUUAGGAGGAUUCAAAGAGAGAAGGAGCUUGUCGAGGCAGAGGAGAGAAGAGACAGAGAAGCAGAGAGAAAGGCACAAAGGCACCUUGAAGAGAAAGCUUUCAAAACAGCAGUCAAGCCAGGUGACAGGGUCUUUGGUGGGGCGCAGUCAGCAGAAGCCACUAUCCCCAAGCCUGGUACCACCCUCCACCCUCAAGACCUGGCUAUGGGGAAACUCAAGAAGGAGCGGCUGGUGGCCAGCAACAGCAAAAUUCGAGACCGCAUACCCAUGGAGCAUUUAACCUCGUGUUCAGAGCUGGCCCAAAAACCUAGCCCUUCUCCCUCUGCCCUCCCACACCGACAUUCUGACGACCAUUCGCCCACAGAGGUGCCACACGUGCAGGCUGCCAGUGCUGUGGAGCAGGGGGGGCUCGGGCAGUGCAGCUUCUGCGGACGUAAGUUUCUCUCCACCAGGCUUGAGAAGCACAUGAGUGUCUGUGGCAAGAGCCAAGGCUCCAAGAGGAAAGUGUUUGACUCCAGCAGGGCCAGAGCUAGGGGCACAGAACUGGAACAGUUUCAGCAGUGGAACGGCUUGGAGAGGCCUCAGAGUAAGACGCCCAGAAGGAUCAACUGGAGGCAGAAGCACGAGGUUUUAAUCCAGACCCUGCGCCAGGCCCGCCAGUUGCAGCAGGUCCUCUCCAAGGGAGGGAAGGUGUCUGACCUGCCCCCGUUGCCUCCCAUCGAAAACCCGGACUACAUUGCCUGCCCCUACUGCGGACGCCGGUUUGCUCCCCAGGCUGCUGAGAGACAUAUUCCCAAAUGCAAAACCAUCAAGAGCAGGCCCCCGCCCCCACCGCAGAGGAGGCGCUGCUGAGGCCGUGUCCCGCUGUACCCGCUGCCCUGACUCCCUGCCUGGUUUUUUGUCAGGUGUCCAGCCACAGACACUUGUGUCAAACUGUCUGUGAGUGUUGAGCUUGUGUGUGUACAGCAAAUGACAGCUCAGGACGUACAAACAGAAUACUAGAAGUUGUGUAGUUUCACCUGUGCCCUGGGACGCCCCACGUGGGGUGCCCCUCUGGGGGCUGCUCCUCCCAUCCGAUGAGCUAAACGGGGAGUCUCAGUGUAGGUGUGAAGCUGUCGCCAUUCAGUCAGCUGAGCAGGGAAGAAAGGCUGUUGCUACAGACUGUCACGGGACAGCAGCAAGGAGCAAACCAGCCAUCAGAAAGGGAACUGUUCUUCAGAAUCAUAUUUUGCCUGUAAGUUAGGGAGGCUUGGGCUUUUUGAGAUGGCUUUUUGACAUCUAAUGAUAUCUGAUGUGAAGAGAGCUGCUCUCCUUUAGCUCAUCAGUGGCUGCAGACUCAGGUUGUUUUUCCUUCUCCAAAGGCAAAGAGCAGUGCUGGUCAUGAGAAGAGCUGGGCCAAACAGAGCAUCUGCCUCUGGUUUGCUUUCCUGGCCUGUGGGUGCAGAUGUUCCCCCUGAAUAUGCUAACGGUGACAGUAGUUCUGGCUGGCCUAGUGUUCUUAGUGAAGCUACCUAACAACAGACUGGGAUGGCUGGGAGAACUGGGAGGAGUAUUAUUAAAUGCUUCCUCAACACAAGAAGCUCUGGAUGAGACACCCAGGGGGUUAGAAAAGCUAUCAGGAGCAGGCAUUUCCCACUUGAGUCCAUAUGUCAAUUCUGGUGCACAGAACAGCAGAGAUACACAGGCCCUUGAAGCAGCAGAACAACCAUCCCAACGUGUUACUUACCACGUACAAUAGCUGGGACUCAGAGCCGGGAAAGGGUGGAAGAAGAAAUACUUAAUUAAAGAAUAAUGCCACACAAGAUCAAAAAUAGGUCAUGAAUAAGCUCAGACUGGAAAUUGGGUUUCUAUCCAGGACAGGAGUGAGGUCACUGAAAAACCUUCCAAGUAGGCACAGGCAAGGGAUCUACAUUGUUUCAGGGUGGACUUGGAGAAGAUCGUGGAAGGCAGCAGACGGCAGGAGUCAGACAUUAAGACCUAUGAAACAGAGCAUUUGUUCCUACCUCCAGGCGUCUCGUAUAAAGUGUGAAGAACAGAUCAGUGACAGUUCUGUGCCACAGCGUAUCACUGUCAGCAGCUGAGAAGGAAUUUCCUUCCCACGGCAACCUUCCCUCAAUUCCUAACUUGGCUUCUGAUUACUUUUAUUUUUUAAUUUCCAUCCGCAAUGUUUAAAAACUGCUACAGCUAAAAAAAGCCAAGCACCCCCUGCUCCCAGACGGCACAUUAAGGAACUUCACAUCAGAAAACCUGUUAGCUGCUUCACUCCUAUGUUUAGGGUUAAAUCAACAAUUAGAUUUAACAUUAAAAAAAAUGGAGUUCUUUUGCAGGCCAAGUCACUAGGGUCCUCCAAAACACACUGUUAAAGGGUCUUUUGGAGGAAAUAGGUGUCCUACAGCCCCUUUUAGAGAACUGCCUGCUUCUAAUUGGUGACAGUUCCUGCACAUUUCUAAGUCAGUUAUUUUUCCAGAUUCUGAUUUUUAAUAAUUAGACUAGUUCUUUGUGUAAAAGUUGUUUUAAAUAGUCACAGAGUGGUUUGUGUUCUCAAAGUAAGAAUGACUACUUCUAUAUGAGAAAGUUGCAACAGGAAGCAAACAAGGAACAAAAAAAAUUCCAGCAGUUCCUUUUGCAAGUCCUUCAGUAAGGCAGCAGCAGCUCAUGGGAACCUAGGGAGAUACAGAAAGCGACCAGAUGAAACUGCACUAGUCAGAAACCAAAUACGAAGAAACACUCCAGCCUUCAAAGGGUGGACCAGACUCCUGAAAGAAGCUUCUGCCCUACAGAUAUGUGGGGCAGAAAUCCCAGUCCCUUGGCACAUCCUAGAAAAGCGUGAAGGUCCCAGAAAAGGUCAGCGCUGCACGGUGCCAGCCAGGUACAAGAGAGCACAAACCUAGAGAGGAGAGAAAAAACAGACUCGAAACAAGGGAAAAUAAUUUGCUCUGUCUAAAUUGAUCAUCAGACAAGCAAGACCAAUGCUCUUACCUCAGAGCUUUGAGAUACAGGAUACCAAGAGGUGACAAGAGGUAGAAAGUGGUAAACUGGAAGCUUUAUGCCAGACUCUUUCAAUUAAUGAAAGGUGUAACUGACAAAGAGUAGUUCAGAAAUUCAGUACCACUGUCUGUCUUGUAAUAUUAACUCCAAUUCCCUUGCAACACAUUCAUUGACUGUGUUUAGCAGACCCUAAAAGUCAGCAGAGUGUAAAUGGUGACAGAGAUACACACAGAAAAGCUUUUGUUACUGUAAAAUAAAUCCAUAUGUUGGAGACUUCUCUGAAGUGACAGGCAAAAGGCUGAUGCUGAUAUUGAAACUGUAGAUUAAACAAAAAUUACUGAAGUUACAUCACUAGGCUUCACUCGUUAUCUUUGUUUCAGAGCUAACUGUGGGCA